AUGCAUAGAGGCUCGGCUUGGAGAAUUCCUCCUUCAGUCCAAAUACACAAUCGCCGUAAUCGGUGCGAUGCGACGGGAGGUGGUUGUCCAGAAUCACGGGUGGCCACCACCCAGGAGAUGCAAGCUCGGUGCUUUAGAGUGGGCAUCAGAUUGCAUGUUGCGAUUAUUGUAUUUGUAUGCAGGCGUAUGCGAGUCGAAAAGGCAGCGGGAAUGGAUCAAGAUCGGUCGGUGGAGGACAAUCUGCAAUGUACAAACAGCCUCGGAGUUUGA